GCUAGUCACUGCAGCACUGUGUUGCACUAAAUUUAACUCCGGAGCUCCUAAUAUUCCAUAUCUCAAUAGCUCCAUGAUUCAAAGCACUGAUCUGGUAUAAAUUUAUUCCUUGGAAAGUGUUGAGGGAGCAGCUUACUACAAGUGAAUUUACGCUGAAUCAGGCAUCCUCUUGCUUCCUCCAGUGGCACGAAGCCAGAAUAAACUUUUUCUUUUGUGCCGUGGCUUUAUGUAACAAAGCCACAGCCGCUGGCCCAACAUUUGCUCUGUUCUGAUUAGUGCCUGUCCACAGUGACCAGUAAUGAGCCCGUUAAUAAUCAUCAAGCACCAGCCUGGGAAUCCACAAGCUUGGAUACUGUCACGCAGGAAUAAGAAUAGAUUUUUCCCUCUUUCAUUUGAAAUCCCAGCUCUGGCAGCUCUAGUAAGCCCCAAGAGGGAAGGGAUCAGUUUUUCUGCGCUUACGGAGGACAGUAUUUAUGGAUCCCAAGGUCUCAGCUUGCUGCUCGAGGUGCCUUGUUCUAAUCAGCUGCCCCGUUUUUGGCAACCUGUGUGUGACAGAUGCUCGCCCACCCCCGCGCUGGGGCCGCUGCAGCUGUGGGAUCUGUGCACACAAAGCAACUCCCCAUGGUUUUGUUUCCCGUGGAGCCCAGGGCUCGGGCUGUGUGGGAAGUGCUGUGUGAGGAGCCUGGGGAAGGAGGAGAGCAGUGCGGAGGGAUUGUCAGGAACAGAAUGCUGCUGUUGGCUGGCAGUGAGCAGGGCUUCUGUCUUUGCAGUGGAUGGAGGGAGCUUUGGAAUGGUAAACUCCAGUAGGAGACUAGGGCCUCAGCUCUGCAUGGGGAAUACCACUGUGGAAGUGUUACAUUUUAUCCCUGUGCAAAAAGCUUCCUGGGGCUUCCAGUGCAGCUCUGGAAGGAGUGGUGAGUGUGGUGCUGCUUGUAUGCUGUUCUUGCUUUUCAAUUUCCUAAGUGGCUUUGAGCACAACUAUGCUUGAAACUUGGUCUGGAAGAAUAAGUUUAUAUUUUAUGGUGAACUUUGAAAAAAUUUCUUUGAAUCUGAAAAUAUUUGCAGUGCCUCUGGUUCCUCUUUGCCUUUUCUAGCUUCAAGUCCCACAGUUGUAUAUACUGCAGCUGUCUGUUUUCUCCGAGUGAUGCAAAAUAAAAUCUUGGGUUUGCACCCUGUAAGGUACCCCACAAGUUGGUCAUUCUCUAUAAACUUUUGAGUUUUAAUACCUCACAGCAGUGGGUUGGCUUCAAUGUCCUCUGUGUAGCUUUGAUUUCCCCCUCCCUCUUUUGGGGGCUGUUCAUGGCAGAUCUGGUUUUUGUCCCUACCUCCGUGGCAGUUCUGGUGCUGUUGCUGUAGGGAUGUCCCGUGAUGCAGCUUUAGCUACUUGCAACGAAUCUUUGGCCGGCCAAAUCUGAAACAGAUUUCAGAUUUGGCAGGCUGUUCUUUUCAGGAGCAUUCCCUCUUUUCCUCACUCGUUGUUUUUUGUCUUAUUUAUCUGAAGAAUAAAGGUGGUACAAGGAGGAAAAAAAUAUGGUAACCCACAGACUGUUGCUGACAGAAGGAAGAAAACUUUGACUGCUCGCAAACAUUUCUUGUCAGGAUGCAAUUCCUACAGAUCCUGUCCAGGAAACCAGGAAGCCUGGAAGUGCUUUUUCAAAUACCAUUUUGCCAAAAGCAAUUCCCAUACACGUGUCUGUCUACCUCUGCAUGUGUUUAUAGCAAAAAGAAAAAAGGAAACAGUUAUGACCAAGUUGACCAAGAAAAAUACAAGAACUUGGUCCACUCUGUUACAUCUUACAAAACCAGCGCCCAAACACCAGAGACAAUACUUGAGGAAGACAAUUUGUUAUAUGGGCCACCAGCUAAACACACACCUCCAAUUAAAGCUGGGACGAGAACUCCCAAGAAUUGGGUUCCUUUAAUAAACCCCAGCAAGAGAAUUGUUCCUGUCAGCAGUGAUUCAAACGUGCCCAUGAAAAUCGCGUUGCAAAGAACGAAGAUGCCCAGUGUCACCCGCAUCCUUCAACAAACCCUCUCUCCUCAGCAAGUCUUCUAUCUGGACAGAUGGAAGCAGAAAAUGAUAGAGGAGCUUGGAAAAGAGGGAUUUGAAGAGUACACCAAAAAUCUUUUUCUCCAAGGAGAGCUCUUCCAUUCAGCUUUGGAAUCGAUAUUCCUGUCUGAAGAGACAGCAGCUAGGGACCAGGGUGAAGAUGAUGUCGUGGCUGGCUACUUAUCCAGUGUGGAACAUGUCUUGGAAGACAUCAGCGAGGUGAAGGCUCUGGAAAGUGGAGUUCACCACGAGACCCUGCAGUACCUGGGCCUGGUUGACUGUGUGGCCAAGUAUCGGGGCCGACUGUGUGUGAUCGACUGGAAAACUUCAGAGAAGCCAAAGCCACUUCUGCAGAAUACUUAUGACAACCCAUUACAGGUUGCAGCAUAUAUUGGAGCCAUAAAUCAUGAUGCAAAUUAUAACUUCCAGGUUCGCUGUGGGCUCGUUGUGGUUGCCUACAAGGACGGCUCCCCGGCGCAUCCGCAUUUCAUGGAUCCUGACCUGUGCUCCCAGUACUGGAACAAGUGGCUCUUGCGCCUGGAGGAGUACAUGCACAAAAGCUGACCCAGACUAAGCACAAGCAAGUGGCCAGAGACAAAGGAAGAGGCAAAGAAAGAGUCAAAGAACCUUUUGUUUAAAUGUACCACUUUCAUGUUCUUUUUUGAGUAACUUUGGCUUAUUUCUUACUAGCAGGGCUCCCCUCUCUCCCCUCCCAAAAAGGCAAUUAACUUUCAAAUGGGGAAUAUCUAUUUCCUUAUAUUGUAGGUGACCUCAGUGGCCCAGGCAGAAAAAAGCCAACUUAUUUGGCCUCUCUUUUUUAUCCCACUCAGUUUAUACAGCCUGAGGUUGAUAGAAAAGUUUCUACUAUCAAGUAAAACUGCUUGAUCAAAUCAUCUUUUUUUUUUUUCUCAAAAAUCACAAAUGAGAGUUGCAGAACUGAGUCUUUAAAAAUGAAGUUGGUGAACUAAAACAACACCUGCGAGGUAUGAGCUGAGAGAAAUGCAAAUGAUAAAGAAGCGGAUAUAGUAGACUGGGUUUCAGUCAGUUCUUGCUCAUGCCAUCAUCAGCCUUGUUAUUAUUUGUGGUUUUUCUUACAGCUACAACUGGAAAACCUGUGCUGAGAGUUACAGUGAAAGUCCUCAUUAGUUCUCAUUUAGAAUAGUACAGCAAAGUGGCCACUUAGCAGAAGUGGCUCAGCAAGAGAGGAGCAGAACUGGAGCCAACACUCCCAGAAAUUUCCAGCGAGGGUUCUGAGAGGAGGGAAUGUUGGCUGCUGCUAGUGGCUCCUCCUGCAGGUGUUUUAGCAGCCAGCCCACAGGAAAGCACUGUGAGAUGGGCUGUGUGCCUCGGCUUGGGAGCUCUGUGCUGCCACUGCCUUGAGCUCUCCUGACUCUGCUGUGGGCCUCAGCCAACAAGAGCCCACCCCGUGGAACAAUCCCCAGUGCCACGUGAGUGAGUUUCUGUAUCAAAGCAGGCCUGUGGCUGGGAAGCAGGGCCUUCUGAGGGGUGAAGAGCUGCUGGUUGGGUUUUGGGGGCUGUUUCUUAUGGGUUUCUCUUUGUUUUUUGUUGCUGUUAUAUUUUUUUCCAAAUAAGUUUUUGAAUAGAUGUUUUGGAACCAGAAUUUUUACUUUUGAAGCAUAUAAAAUCAAGUUUGUAAAGCACA